GCGGAAGUGCUUUCAUCCUGCGGGAGAAGAAGAAGAGGCUGCGCCUUCGUCUCCACAGUAAAACGUCCGCGGAGGACCCUUCGGAGCCCGGAACACCCACAUCAGCAGCCCCUCCGCCGGCCUCCGGGACGCACGGGCAAUGGCGAGGCCGAGCCACAGCGAUCACGUCCUCCAGCAGCUCAACAACCAGCGCGAGUGGGGCUUCCUGUGCGACUGUCUUAUCGCCAUCGGUGACAUCUACUUCCGAGCGCACAAGGCUGUGCUGGCGGCCUGCAGCUCCUACUUCAGGAUGAUGUUUAUCCGGGAUCAGCAGGGGGCGGGCCGCCUGGACCUGAGCAACAUGCAGAUCAGCGCCGAGUGCUUCGACCUCAUACUGCAGCUCAUGUAUCUUGGGCGCAUCGUUGUGGGCAGCUAUGAGUUUGAGGAGCUGAAGGCGUCCAUGGCAUACCUGCAGAUGUACUACAUCCCCGACUCGCUUGAGGACCUCAGGGACAUCAGGAGCUCCAACCUCACGCCGUCCUCCUCAGCCUCCUCCUCCUCAUCCAGCUCCUCCACUGGGCCCGCCAGCGGGAAGAUGAUGUUCGGAGUCCGCAUGUAUGAGCAGCAGAGGCCUCCCCCACCUGAGGGAGAGCGCCUACCAAAAGCUGUUACCAGCAGUACGGGGCGUCCGACUGUUCCCGCCACUGUCAGCAGGCCAGCGGCGGCGGUGGAGGAGGUGGUGACUACUCCUCUGAUUGUGGGAGCAGCGGUUUCAGACGGUGCAGGCGAGCAGCCGUGUGACCUGAGGAAGAGGUCGAGCGGCAGGAGCUCAACUCUAAAGGACCGCCCCAGGUUUGGCCGCACCUACACCUGCGAUGACUGCGGCUUUGUGUUCAGCUGCGAGAAGCUUUUAAUCGAGCACAUCCUGACCUGCACCAACCGCAAAGCCUUCCAUCCACCCAGAGGCAACACAGAGGGCGACAACGACUCGAGCAAAGCCGAGAGCUCCGCCUCUGAGAGUGUGGAGGAGCACAGGGUUGUCUGUAAAGGUGAGGACGACUGGCCCGAGGUCAAGACCACCCGGUUGAUCACAGCUGGUACAGACAGCGAGCCCGGGUCCACCAGGAGCAUCAAAACUGAACCGGAAGAGAGCAUGUUCCCGGAGAUCGAGGUGGUCCGGGUUGGAGAGCACACCGCCAGAGACUGUAACGCACGCUUCAGUGAUGCUGCGCUGAGGGAGAAGACGCCGUCAGACCGCGAGCCAGAGCCUGGUGUCUCCGGUUUGGAAAACAGCAGUGAGCCUUUUGAAGGCGAUGAGUCCGGAGUCCCUGCAAAGCUCCGGAAGAUCAAAGAUGAGAAGCAGGACACCAGUGGCGCCCCCUGUGAGCUGUGUGGUGCUUUGUUACUGGAGGAGGACAAGUCGGCCCACUACCUGUCCAACCACAUGGGGCACAUAUGUGCCUGUGGGAGAUGCGGCCAGGUGUUGAUCAAAGGGCGGCAGCUGCAGGAGCACGCAGAGCGCUGCGGAGAGUCCCACGGCGCCGAGUCGGACUCCCACGGCGAGGACGAGGCGUCCCUGCUGGAGGAGCCACAGGGGAUGGAGGAGGGGCUGCUGGAGGCCUGCCCACACUGUGGCCUGCUAUUCCAGAAUGAGAGCCUGGCGCUGGAGCACGCUCUGUCCUGCCACGACCAGGAGCUGUUCCGGCCCGUGAUGCUGGAGGAGGGCGCCGAACCCGACCACCGCCGUAAACACUUCUGCAGCAUCUGCGGCAAAGGCUUCUACCAGCGCUGCCACCUGCGGGAGCACUACACCGUCCACACCAAGGAGAAGCAGUUCACCUGCCAGACCUGCGGGAAGCAGUUCCUACGGGAGCGCCAGCUCCGCCUCCACACCGACAUGCACAAAGGCAUGGCGCGCUACGUGUGCCCCGUGUGCGACCAGGGAACCUUCCUCAAGCACGACCAUGUGCGCCACAUGAUCUCCCACCUGUCGGCCGGGGAAACCAUCUGCCAGGUGUGUUUCCAGAUUUUCCCUGGCGGGGAGCAGCUGGAGAAGCACAUGGAUGUCCACCUGUACAUCUGCGGCGUGUGCGGCGAGAAGUUUCGCCUGCGCAAAGACAUGAGGAGCCACUAUAACUCCAAACACACCAAGAGACUAUAACGGCGCGGCGCCCGCUGCAUUCACGAGUCUGUUACUAAGAAGCCAUAAAUGUGAGAACAAAGAAUGCACUUGAACACCAAAAAGACUGAAUCUGCACUUUGAUACCAUAUGCAUAACCUAAAAGGGCGGUCACACUGCGAGCAGCGAGCCCACGCUUUAGUUACUCCCGUCUACAGAUGGGAGUAACUAACACUCCAGGUCAGUAGAACUUGUGCAAAUAAACAAACAGGAAGCUGGUUGGUUAGUAGAUACCUGAGGAGAGAGAAUCUCAUGUUACUUUUAAAUCAAUAACAGGUAAUUAACCAGUGACAAACAGUCUGAAGCGCGUCAUGUACCAGUCGUUAUUCAUAAACAUCCUAAGUAAAGCCAUGAGUAAAACACACAUUUACAGGAUUUUCUUAAACUUUAAAUCAAAUCAAAAGUAAACAGAAAGUGGGCGGGGCAUACAGGCUCCUCCCACAGGCUCUUUUUAAAAGAGCCUAUUUAUGGACCUCUCCCAGCCUGCGUCCAUGGUGAGUCCACGGGGUGAGCGACAGGAAGCUGUCGUAAAAAUAAAAAAUGUUCAGUGUGGAGCUGAACUCAGCAGGAAAUGAGGCGGAGCUUUGACAGAGACACGAAAACGGCAGCUGCGAAGGAAAGGGGUGCGUUUGUUUUAUGAUGGACAGACCAAUGAGAGCUGUUUAGUCGAAGUGAACACAAAUUCAUUUUAUCCUGAGGCCAAAACUUGGUUCCAGUGUCUGCGCGUCAGCUGAGGAAGAAUACAUCAAAAUUUAACCAACAGCUAAAUUUGAUUAGUCUGCAAGAGCGAGAUUUCAGGAGCGUUCUGGUUCCUUUUUUAUGUGAUCUUUAUUUAACCACGAGGUGAAAGUCAAACCUGACCUUGCAUUAAACGCUGAUCAGGUGUAGUUACAUUAAUGGGCGGGGCGCGUCAGGUCACCGGUAAGAGUGACUCUCGUUAGUAAAGCUGCUGCUGUUACCGCUCAGUCUGAGCUCUCCGUCAUGUGUAGAAUAUUUAAACUGGGUGAGCUUAAAUUAACUCGUAGAAACAAAGUGAGCGCUGUCCAAACUGUCCAACCCAAACCUUCACAUCACGUCUACCAGAACACAAACCGAGACUACGAGAACCGAAAUCUGUCCGUGGAGCCGAAUCUGAAUGUUAAAUUAUUUAAGGACUUUUUGUGGACUCUUCAGUGCUUCUGAGCAGCAGAGCUUCUAUUUUUAAGAUGUUACGCCCCUUAAACUGGCUGCUGCGCAUCAGGCUGCAGCUGCUCCCGGUUCUUAAAGAGUGGGCCAAACUGUACAUCAGCUGAUAUCUGCAGUCAUUCUCCGCUCUGUCAGCUGAUGGCGCUGCGUUCACAAAUCAUUUUUCAGCUGAACAUCUGUAAAAUGUCCAUUUCUAAUAUUCACUGACUGCUGUGAUAACCAAUCAGCAGGCCACAGAGCAGCUGCUUGCCUAGGCGCUGUGAUUUAACGGGCUGGGCAUUUUCACGCUAAUAGGAGGAGGCCCCACCCUCUAACACCACCCCUUACAGGUCUGAAGGAGGCAGCCACUAAAUUAGCAAAACAUGAGUCUAAAAAAAUCCCAACCAGCUGUGAACUCUUAACGCCAAAGUUUCCGUCCAAUCAGUCAACUGGAGUCGCCGAUCUCCACGAAUCGGCAGGCUUGAAGUUUAGCAUACUUACACCUCCGUUUACGUUAUCGUCACCUAAAACCGUCCUCCUACACCGAGCGCUGACUUAAAAACGAGUCAUUACACCGACACCGACACUGACGCACACAAUGAAACUCCGUCCAUGCCUGGUUGGCGCUAGUGCUGCUCGCAGUGUGAGCCUCAGAGGAAAUACAAACUGGUGUGUCUGCUGGAAUGGCGCCCCCUGUGGCUCACAGCAGAGGGGUUUCUCUGUGGAGACAACUUCCUGUUUGCGGUGCCUCACGCUUCGAUGUUUCCCACAAUACUAAAGUCUGUGAAGGCGCUCGUGUCGCAGUGAAGCCUGCUUCCUCGCUCUGUCCCACACGCUCUGAUUGGUGCCUUUACUGUAACACUUCGUCCUUCCUGUCAAACUCACAGCAAUGCGUGAUGGGGGGGGCGGGCCGACACAGGAAGUCACAACCCCCCCCUCAGGCCACGAAAACGCUCAACAACUAAACACUAGGAGCCGUCGACUCGACUGGUAGUUUCUGUUACUUUUCGACUUCUUCUGAUGCCUUACGAGUCUCUCAAAGUGUUCGCUCGCCAUCGCGGCGCCAUCAGAACCAGAUCAGAACCAACCAAUCAUUAGAAACUGGUUCAAAUGACACUCGGCCAACUCAAACUAUCCGAACCAAGCGGAACGAGCUCGAUGAAAUGUUUCUGCGGCUGCUCGGACAAUCACGUCGUCUUGUUUUCUCGUUGACUCACGGUGAGUGUUUUACAUCAUGUGACUGAAGGAGAACCAAACACGUCUGCACCACAAACCUCAGCUGUAAUCAAACUAAUCGAACUUUAGCCCUGAUCGGCACUAACAGCUGGUCCAGUGAGUCCAGUACGGACCAAAAUCAGGGACCUAUCCCCCUUUAAAAGGUUUCACUAGUUUAGGAGCCACUUCACCAGUUUAAUCCUGACUGGACUGGACUGCAGUGAUCCAGCUCAGACAGGACCGGGUCCAGGCGGACCUGACGAGGCAGCGGGUCCAUCCCGGUGACCCUACGUGUAAAUGAAUGUCCUUUUAAAGCUAACGAGUCACCUUAACGAUGUCCAGCUGUUUGUUGUUGUUCAGUUUUUUCUGGUUUGUGAACACAGAACUUUGUUAAGCUCUUAAUAAACCAAGUGAACUUCUGUUUGUGGACUGAAGGC